AUGUCAUCGACAAAUCCUGAUCAAGAUCCUUCUCCAUCAAGGGAAAGUGUGACGACUACAAGAACUAUUGAGACUACAGACCCGAAUACUACUAUAAUAGAACAUAUAAUCGAGGAAACUGAAAUCAUCGAAACUAUUGUUGAGACAGAGGAACUUCCCGAAACAAAAUCAGAAUCUGAGACUGAGUCAAUAUCUUCUUUCAAUACUACUACUAAUCAACAGCAAAACUUGAUAGCUAAAACCAGUUCUUCAGCUGACAUCAGUUCUUCUGACGUAAAUACCACAAUUGUUGAAAAGGAACCGAUUCAAAUUAUGGAAAUUACUCCUAAAGUCAGCGAAGAAGUUUCUCAUACUACAAGAGCACCAAAGAAAGAUAUCACAGAGAUAGAGCCAGUCGAAAAAAAUAUUACACAAGAAGACUAUUCUGAUCAUGAAAUAGUCAAUAAUACACAAGAAGUCUCUCCUCAACCUACAAAAAUUCAAUUUAUCGCUUUAGAAAAACCUGAACGUACAAAAACUAUUGAACCUCCUCCAAAUAAUGCAAUAAAAGUUCAAGCUCCCCCCAAAGUGAUCGAAAAUGAAGACGAUAAAAAAGAUGUCAAGAGUGUUGAUAUCAACGAGCAUCUUCUCACAGCUGAUGAAGUGGCAGAUCGAUACAAAGUUACGAUCAAUACUUCGAAACCUUUGGAAUCUCGUGGGCUUGACUCGAAACGAGUUGCCGAUUUAUUAAAACAGAAUGGUCAAAAUAUUCUAACGCCACCCAAAAAAAAGUCAGCAAUCUUUAAAUAUUUGGAAUGUUUGUCUACCCUAUUUAAUGUUUUAUUAAUCAUCGCUGGCAUUCUAAUGUAUAUUGUGCUGGCUGUGGAUUAUGAAAAUAAUAAAGCAAAUAUUUAUAUUGGGGCAAUUUUAAUUGGUGUAGCGUUGCUUAAUGCUUUUAUCGAAUUCUAUCAACUUCAAAAAUCCGCUGCCAUUCUCGAGUCGUUCUUGAGCUUAAUACCGCAAAAAUGUAGGGUGCUUCGUGAAGGGAAACUAAAUCAAAUUCAAGCAGCCGAUCUUGUAGUUGGUGAUAUUGUAUCUGUGGGGAUGGGCGAUAAAAUACCAGCAGAUUUAUAUUUAUUUUCAGCAACUGAUAUGAAAGUCGAUAAUUCAUCUUUAACUGGUGAAGCCGAUCCUCAAGAACGCACUCCUCAUAACAGUCAUAAGAAUCCUUUAGAAGCGACAAAUCUAUGUUUUUACGGUACUUUAUGUGUAUCAGGUGAAGGCUAUGGAAUAGUUAUUCGUGGCGGUGAUCAUACUGUAUUGGGUCAAAUUGCUGGUCUCACCGCCGGUGAAGAAAAGAGCCAAUCACCAUUAUCUGAGGAAAUUGAUAAUUUCGUCAAAAUCAUUGCUACCAUUGCAAUUGUUACUUCUGUCGUGUUCUUUUUAGUUGGCUUAAAAGUUUAUGAUGGUAGCAUUUCAUUGACUCUAAGUUUUGCCAUCUCAAUUCUUGUUGCUUGGGUUCCACAAGGAUUGCCGGCGACUGUUACUGUAUUGCUUGCUAUCGCCGCCAAAAAAAUGGCUGCUCAAAAUGUACUAGUAAAGGAUCUUCAAGGUGUAGAGACACUCGGCGCCAUUACUCUUUUGGCAACCGAUAAAACAGGAACUCUCACUCGAAACCAAAUGACCGUCACUUAUAUCUGGUCAUCACUUAACAUCUACUCAGCUUCGCGUGGUGCACAAAAUGAUCCAAAUAUUGCUUUCGAUUUAGAUGCACCCGGAAUCCAAGAAGUUAUUCAUAUUUCUUCCUUAUGUUCUCGAGUAAAGUUCGAUAGAACUGAUGUUCCAUUUAAUGAACGCCAAAUUCUCGGUGAUGCAACUGAAACAGGUUUAAUAAGAUUUGCCGCUCAAAACCUUGACGAUUUUGAUGCACUUAUUACUGCAUAUCCUAAAGUAUUUGAAAUUCCAUUCAACUCGGAAACAAAAUGGGCACUUACAAUUCAUACUAAACCACAUGAUAAUGGUGAUUUAACGUUGUAUAUCAAAGGUGCUCCUGAACGUGUUUUAAAACUAUGCACCACAAUUCUUUUCGAGAAUAAAGCAACCCCAUUGACUGAUGAACAUAAAGAAAAAUACAAUGAAAUAUAUGAGUUCAUGGCAUCCAAAGGACACCGUGUACUUGCAUUUGCACAACUUCUUUUACCUCGAUCACAAUAUCCAGAAAAUUAUCAAUUCAAAAAAGAAGAAAAAAAUUUUCCACUGGAUGGAUUUUGUUUUGUUGGAUUAGUAUCUCUCGAGGAUCCUCCAAAACAUGGUGUUCGUGAAGCUAUUGGAAAAUGUCGUACAGCAGGAAUUCGUGUUAUGAUGGUAACUGGUGAUCAUCCUUUAACUGCUGAGGCGAUUGGCCGCAAGAUAAAUUUAAUGUUGUCUGAUACUAAAGAAUUAGUAGCAAAACACACUGGCCGUCCGAUUGAAUCAAUACAAGAAGAUGAAUAUAAUGCAAUUGUAAUCCACGGGGAACAAAUUGACACUUUAACUGAUGAACAAUGGGACAAUAUAUUCGCAAAGAAUGAAAUUAUUUUUGCACGAACUUCACCAAAACAUAAACUUGAAAUUGUCAAACGUGCCCAAUCAAUGGGUCAUAUUGUCGGUGUAACUGGUGACGGUGUCAAUGAUUCCCCGGCAUUGAAAAAGGCUAAUUUGGGUAUAGCCAUGAAUCAAUCUGGAUCCGAUGUAUCGAAAGAAGCAGCUGCUAUGAUUUUAUUGGAUGAUAAUUUUGCUUCUACUGUUCAAGGCAUUGCAGAAGGACGUCUUAUUUUCACAAAUUUGAAAAAAUCAAUUCGAUAUACAAUUUCACAUUCCACACCCGAAGUCUUUGUGACUUUACUAUAUGUUCUUAUUCCAAUUCCUCUACCAUUACCACCUCUUCUCAUUUUAGUUAUUGAUUUGGGCUUCGAAUUAUUUAUUGCACUUUCUUAUGCGUGGGAUAAACCAGAGAGCGAGACUGGACUUAUGAAAUUACCACCUCGAAAGCCAGUAACUCCCACAACUAUUAAUCGAUUUCGACGUCUGGCCCUGGAACGUACUCCAACUGUCAUAGAUCCGGGAACUGGAAAACCGAUUGUUCCGUCGAGAAUAUCAAGGUUCCUGCAUAGUAUAAAGAAAUUGUUUAACUUGCGAUGGUGGGCUAAUAAGUUUGAGAGCACAGAAGGUGAAGUUUUGGUUGAUGGUGAACUCUUGAGUUGGGCAUAUCUCGAAAUUGGUGUGAUUGAGGCCAUUUGCAGUAUACUCGCUUUCUUUGUCGUACUCAAUCAUCAUCAUAUCACUCCUUAUGAUGCACGUCAAAUGCAAACACGUGGAAGUUACUUUAAGGAUGAUUCAGAACCCUAUUCAACUGCCAAUGGCUACGUGGUUACAGGGCCCAAACAAAAAGAAGCAUUAGGUCAAGCUGCUGCCAUUGUAUACCUUUCCAUUAUGAUUCAACAAAUGUUCAACUUAUUUGCCGUUAAAGGCAGAUAUCGACUUCCUUUCGGUAAAUUUAUUUUCUCAAAUCCCCGUAAUUUUGCUGGUAUACUAUUUGGUGCGAUUUUAGCCAUGUGCAUUGUAUACAUUCCUCCAUUUAAUGAGCCAUUUGGUACACAUUAUAAACUCAGUCCAAUAUUUUGGCUGAUACCUUUUGGCUUUGGCAUUUUCAUUUUGAUAUAUGCCUGCAUUCGAAUACUGGUACUGCGGAGGGGACGACCAGUUCAUUGGAAUCCCGAAAUUCAAGGCUUACAAAUGUAUCCCACUGUACGCUCGGUGGAAAGAAAAGCAUAA